AUGGUGCCUCUGGCCCUGACACUCCUCGUAGCUGCUGUGGCUUCAUUCUCGCUGGGAGUUCUGCUGUGGGUGAUCUGUAUACACUUUUGGACUGAACACAUCCCCAAAGGCAUCACUCACCCUGUGAGGCUACGAAUCCUCAGUUGCCUUUUACAUCUGACAUUGACAUGGGGCAUGAUUUUUGAGAAGCUGGGACUGUGUUAUGCAACCCAGUUUGCCAGUUUUCUGCAUGAUCUGAAGCCACUCAAGAGAGAUCCUGAUAUUGUGGUCACAGAUCUUCGCUUUGGGACAAUCCCUGUGAAACUGUAUCAGCCCAAGGAAUCCUCCUCCACCCUUAGGACUGGCAUCAUCUUCUUCCAUGGUGGUGGAACGGUCCUGGGGAGCCUCAGGACCCACCACAACGUAUGCUUGCGUCUGUCCAAGGACUGUGGCUCUGUUGUCCUGGCAGUUGGAUACAGAAAGUCUCCCAAGUACAAGUACCCAGCGAUGAAAAAUGACUGUGUGGCAGCUACUGCCCAGUUUCUGAAAUCGUUGCAUGUGUAUGGAGUGGAUCCAUCUCGGGUCGUGGUCUGUGGCGACAGUGUAGGAGGGAAUGCAGCCACUGUGAUUUGUCAACUAUUUCGGAACAAAGCAGAUUUUCCCCAGAUCCGGGCUCAAAUUCUGAUCUACUCCUCACUACAGAGCAUAGAUUUUCGGGGCCCUUCCUAUCAACAAAACGCCAAUAUCCCACUGCUCUCUUGGAAUCUGGCCUUUUACUGUUGCUGUUGUCACCUAGAUGUGAGUACUUCCUGGAAAAGUGUUAUCAAGAGUGGUACCCAUUUGCCUCCUGAAGUCUGGGAGAAGUACAGAAAGUGGUUGGGCUCAGAAAACAUCCCAGAGAGGUUUAAGAAGCGAGGCUACCAAUGCAUACCCCCAGGACCUGUGAAUGAAGAUGCUUACCGGGAAAUAACUUUAGCACUGAACUCAAUAUGCUCACCCCUCAUUGCGGAAGAUGAUAUAGUGUCUCAGCUCCCGGAAACCUGCAUUGUGAGCUGUGAGUAUGACCUUCUCCGGGACCAUUCGCUCUUAUACAAGAAGAGGUUGGAAGAUCUGGGGGUGCCUGUGACGUGGCAUCAUAUGGAGGAUGGUUUCCAUGGAGUGCUUAACACUCUCGACUUUGGCUUCUUGAGCUUCCCUUGCUCCUCAAGAAUUAUGGAUCUGGUUGCCCAGUUUAUUAGAAAGUUGUGA